GUGUUGGUCAUAUAUCGGUCACAGAGUUGCAGGAGCUCAGACUCUUUCCAUUGGAGAAAGUUGUGGAAUAAAAGCAUUUAUUGAGCAUUUGUUUCUCCAUGCACUGGGAUUUUUGCAUGAGCACACAAGAUAUGACAGAGAUGAUUAUGUGACCAUCAACUUCAAAAACAUCAUUAAAGGGUAUGAGAGCAAUUUCGAUAAAUACAGUGAGAAUCUGACCACCACCCAAGACACCCCAUACGACUACUACUCUGUGAUGCAUUAUUAUAAAGAUGCCUUAAGCAACGGUAAUGGAUCCACAAUCAUUACUAAGCGUCCUGAGUUCCAAAAUGUGAUUGGUCAACUCCUGGACAUGAGUGAAUAUGAUGUGAUUGAACUCAACAAACUCUAUAAAUGCAAUUCGUCCAUCUCUUUCCUUGAUCACUGUAGUUUUGAUAAUGAAUCUGUUCAUGAUGAAUCUGUUCAGAUGAGCGUCUGUUCUGCUGCUGAUUAUGGCUGGCAGAUAGUAAAGUCAGUGAGUGGCAUCAGUGUGACUGACCACACAUACUUGGGUAAAGAACAAAAGGGUGUGUCUUUCUUCAUGCACUUCAGCACUAAGGGUAGAAAUGAGGGGGACGCAGCCAGAAUGGAGAGCAAGAAAAUGACCCCCAAAAGAGACUGCAAAGUCCAGUGCCUGCAGUUCUACUACUAUCACAGUGGUAAUGAGUCUGACCAGCUCAACAUCUGGAUCCGAGAAUAUCAGAAUGAAGCAGACAGCAGAGGAACUCUCAGACUUAUGGAUCAGAUCACAGAACCCCCUGGCAAUUACUGGAAGCUGCAUCAUGUGCCACUGAAUGCAAAUAAAACCUUCCAAGUUGUAUUUGAAGCCC